AUGCCGUUAUGUCUUCAGUGCGUUUUCUUGAUGAUGUGUUUCUCCUAUGUAUACGGAACUUCACAAGGAGCAUUACCGAAAGCAUGUGACAACAUGACGCCGCAUCAUUAUGGAGUCAAGGGCCAAACUGGAGCCGCACCAUUUCGUUUAACAGUAGAUAAAACUGAGUACAGAGGAGAAGAAACCAUUAUAGUCAAAUUGUCAAAAACUUCAAACAAAACGUUCAAAGGAUUUCUAAUCCAGGCUAGAAACGAGGAUGGAAAAAAGAUAGAAGGCUUCAGACUUUCGGCUCAAUCCAAAUUUCUUCAGUGCGAUAGUCCAAAUGAUACUGUUACCCACACAGAAGCCUCCGCAAAACAAAGUUACAUAGCGGAGUUCAUUGCACCUAGUACGUCACAAGGAAAUAUAGCUAUUUUUGCUACUGUGGUUCAUAAUUUCGAGACUUACUGGGUAAGGAUACAGUCCGACCUGAUAAUCGACAGAGUCACCUCAGGAGCCUCAUCAACAUUCUUACCAAACACUUUAGCUGUCGUUACGGUUGUGUUUAUAUGGAGAUACGUGUAUUGA